AUGCCACUCACACUCCCCACCGACGACCAGCCGUCCACCACCACCGCCAACAACCCCCUCCACACCAUCACAGCCAACAUCAAAUCGCGCAUCUUCCGACCCCUCGACCUAUCCAACACCCGCGGCCAAAUCAUCGCGGCCACCGUGCUCCUGCGCGCGCUCGCCAACAUCGUCCACUUUGUGCUCACUGGCUUGUCCCGCCGCCCGUGGGUCUGUCUGUACUAUGUCAUUGACCAAUUGGUGGUGAUGUAUGCGUUGAGUUUUAUUGUGGAUGCCGCGGCUUCGGGGGCGGGGAGGAGGGUUGGGGGGUUGAGGAUUGUGAGUCCCGGACGCUUCUUCGAGCUGUUCCUGGGGGGAUCUGCCGUCGUGCAUGUAUUGUAUGUGGGCAUCCUGCUCGUCUGCAUUGUCACCUUUGGUAUCUUCUUUGGUGUUACGGCGGAGUUUGUUGUGACAAUUGCUGGCUGGCUUAUUGUGGUGGUUUCUUGGCUUACGUUCCUGCCUGAGGAGGAUGAGGGGGGGUUGACUUUGCCUUGA